AUGGACAACCUGCGCGAGACUUUCCUCAGUCUCGAGGAUGGCUUGGGCUCCUCUGACAGCCCUGGUCUGCUGUCUUCCUGGGACUGGAAGGACAGGGCAGGGCCCUUUGAGCUGAACCAGGCCUCCCCAUCUCAGAGCCUUUCCCCGGCUCCAUCGCUGGAAUCCUAUUCUUCUUCUCCCUGUCCAGUUGUGACUGGGCUGCCCUGUGAGCAUGGCGGGGCCAGCAGUGGGGGCAGCGAUGGCUGCAGUGUUGGUGGGGCCAGUGGCCUGGUAGAGGUGGACUACAAUAUGUUAGCUUUCCAGCCCGCCUACCUCCAGGGUGGUGGUGGCCCCAAGGCCCAGAAGGGCACCAAAGUCAGGAUGUCUGUCCAGCGGAGGCGGAAAGCCAGCGAGAGGGAGAAACUCAGGAUGAGGACCUUGGCAGAUGCCCUGCACACCCUCCGGAAUUACCUGCCACCUGUCUACAGCCAGAGAGGCCAGCCGCUCACCAAGAUCCAGACACUCAAGUACACCAUCAAGUACAUCGGGGAACUCACAGACCUCCUCAACCGCGGCAGAGAGCCCAGAGCCCAGAGCGCAUGA